AUGAUAUCCGCCAUUCUCCUUGCUGCCUGGACGGCCACAGCGGUCGGCGACCACCGCUGCGACACCGAGCCACUCGCGAUGCUCCAGAUGUGGGAGAAGACUGCACAGACGCAGCAAGCAGAGAAGGAGCUGUGCCAGACCCUGGACUCACGCUGCAGCAAGAUCCUCGAUGCAGAUGCCUGCAUAGA